AUGAAUGACACGGACGAUUUUUGCAAAAACAACCAAACAGGGAACAUGACCGACCCGUCAUGUGUAAAACCAGCUCCCGCGUCCCACAGCCAGUUCGACCUCGUCACUUUCAUGCACAUAUUGCCUUUAAUUUACGGCAUCCUGUGUUCAGUGGGAGUUAUAGCCAAUGGACUGGUCAUUUACGCGGUGAAAGCAUGCAAGAAGAAAAUGGUAUCAGACAUAUACUUGCUGAACUUAGCAAUAGCCGACAUGCUGUUCUUGCUGGUGAUGCCGUUCAACAUUCACCAGCUGGUCAGAGACAGGCAAUGGGUCUUUGGAAGCUUUAUGUGCAAAGCGGUGGUGGUCGUGGAUGUCAGCAACCAGUUUACCACAGUGGGAAUUGUGACUGUAUUGUGCAUUGAUCGGUACAUAGCUAUUGUCCACCCCACCUCCGAGAAGAGGACCAUCCAGUGGACCAUCAUCAUCAACAUGCUGGUUUGGCUGGGCAGCAUGCUCCUCACCGUCCCCGUCAUGCUGUACGCCAAGGCCGUGCGCAGGCAGCAAUUUGAGGUGUGCAUAAUAGACCUGGAAGGACCUGAGGACAUGUACUGGUACACUCUCUACCAGUCUAUCCUGGGCUUCAUCAUCCCUCUUUUCAUCAUCAGCACCUUCUACUCUCUCACCCUCUACCACGUCUUCAGCUCCAUCCGCCGCGUCAAGCGCAAGCAGUCCGUUUGGGCUAAAAGAGCCACCAAGAUGGUCCUCAUGGUCAUCGCCCUGUUCUUGAUCUGCUGGUCGCCCUACCACGUCAUUCAGGUGAUCAACCUGAGCAACGACAACCAGAAUCUGGCCUUCAUCUACGCCUACAACAUCAGCAUCUGCCUCUGCUACUCCCACAGCUGCAUCAACCCACUCAUGUUGCUAAUCUUCGCCCAGAAUUACCGCGAGCGUCUUUGCUCCAGGAACGCGCUCUACAGCUCCCAGCACUCCUCCAAGGUCACGGUGGUCAAAACGGACGGCUCCAGUACGACCAACGACCCCAACUACCGCUGCACUGUCAUCUAA